AUGUUCACAUUCACACCAUUACUCGGAGCCCAGUCCUCAUCCUCGAGAGCUUCGCAGUCGAUCUUGGAGCUCGAUGGUGGCAUCAAGAUCCUCGUGGAUGUUGGCUGGGACGAUACCUUCGAUACCCGGGACUUGGCCGAGCUUGAGAAACAUAUUCCAACUCUUUCCCUUAUCCUUCUGACUCACGCGACACCCGCGCAUAUCGGUGCCUUCGUUCACUGCUGCAGAACGUUCCCUCUCUUCACGCAAAUCCCAAUCUAUGCUACCAGCCCAAUCAUCGCGCUUGGCCGUACAAGUCUGCAAGAUCUCUACUCAUCAGCACCCCUUGCCGCUACUUUCCUCCCCCAGGCCUCCAUUUCAGAACCUGGCGCAUCCUCGGCCGCGUCGGCGGUAUUUUCGGCGGGAGAGAGUGAAGAAAAAUCCGAAGCUGCUGGCAGCACAGGGCGUGUUCUUCUUCAGCCACCUACGACUGAGGAAAUUGCCCGAUACUUUUCUCUCAUUCAGCCGCUUAAAUACUCACAACCUCAUCAACCUCUCCCAUCUCCGUUUUCGCCGCCCCUGGACGGGCUCACUCUUACUGCUUACAACGCUGGACAUACUGUCGGUGGAACGAUCUGGCAUAUUCAACAUGGGAUGGAGUCUAUCGUCUAUGCGAUGGACUGGAACCAGGCGCGCGAGAGCGUCGUUGCAGGUGCUGCGUGGUUUGGCGGUUCUGGAGCCAGCGGCACGGAGGUCAUUGAACAAUUGCGCAAACCCACAGCCUUGAUUUGUAGUACUAAAGGAGGCGAUAAGUUUGCGCUCUCUGGAGGUCGCAAAAAGAGAGACGAUCUGCUUCUUGAUAUGAUUCGAAGCAGUCUUGCGAAAGGUGGCACUGUUCUUAUCCCAACAGAUACUAGCGCCCGAGUAUUGGAGCUGGCGUAUGCACUCGAACAUGCUUGGCGCGAUGCCGCGGCGGGUGGAAAAGAUGAUGUCCUUCAAUCAGCCGGCCUAUAUCUGGCCGGAGGCAAGGUCAACACGACAAUGCGUCUUGCUCGAAGUAUGCUGGAAUGGAUGGAUGAAAACAUUGUUCGCGAGUUUGAAGCCGCCGAGGGCGUAGAUGGAGCUACCGGCCAGAAGACCGGGGGGCAAAGUCAGGAAAAGAGCAGCGGCAAGGGUGUUGGUCCCUUCACUUUCAAGCACCUCAAGACUGUGGAGCGCAAGAAGCGACUUGAAAAGCUUCUGGCCGACCAGGGACCCAAGGUCAUACUUGCAUCUGAUACCUCUUUGGCUUGGGGAUUCUCGAAAGAAUCACUGAAACGGGUUGCCGAAGGUCCAAACAACUUGCUUCUUUUGACCGACUCCUUCCGGAAGAAGGCAAUCGAGGGAGCGGGAAAUUUCUUCAAUAACAUUUCUCUUGGGGCCACUCUUUGGCAAUGGUACGAGGAGCGGAGGGAUGGCGUGGCACUCGAAAAGUCUUCGGAAGGGGAAUUACUUGAACAAGUUCACAGCGGCGGGCGUGAAUUGACAUGGACUGAUGUCCAGCGCGCGCCUUUGAAUGCAGGAGAACAAUUACUUUACCAGCAGUACCUGGCCACCAAGCGACAACUCCAGGAUGCCUCUCAAGCACGUGGGCAGGAAAAUCUUGAGAAUGCCGCGGAUGCCCUUGAUGAUCGGUCCAGCUCAACUUCCUCCGAGGAUUCUGACUCGGAACAACAAGGCCGCGUGCUUAACUUUUCGACUACACUUGCACAUUCGAAUCGCAGCAAACUGGCGCUCAGUGAUGAAGAUUUGGGUAUCAACAUUCUCCUCCGACGGAAAAACGUCUACGAUUACGAUGUCCGUGGCAAGAAAGGCCGCGAACGCAUAUUUCCGUAUGUUGCACCGAGAAAGAAAGGCGACGAAUAUGGAGAGUUUAUCCGUCCUGAGGAAUAUCUUCGAGCGGAAGAGCGUGAAGAUAUCGACGUACAGCAACGUCACUCUGAUGCUCAGACAAAGCUUGGCCAGAAGCGACGGUGGGACGAGAAUAUCGGCGCUGGCGGGCGUAAGCUUUCCGGCGGUGCUGCUGGAAACAAACGUCAACAACUUUCCAAAGAUGGCCAAAUAGUGGCGGCAGGUGCCGGUGAUGAUCUCAGUAUUGUCUCAGAUGGCGAUGGUGCUGAUGCUGCAGUAUCUUCCGAAGACGAAGCUGAUGGGCAGACGUUCGAGGGCCCAGCCAAGGCGAUUUAUAGCAAAGAGUCCGUCACGAUUAAUGCCCGCAUCGCCUUCGUUGACUUCACGGGCUUGCACGACAAACGCAGCUUAGAGAUGUUAAUUCCUCUUAUCCAGCCACAGAAGCUCAUCCUGGUCGGCGGAAUGAAAGAAGAAACAUUUGCAUUGGCAGCCGAGUGCAAGAAGCUCCUCGCUACUAAAAUCGGCGUUGACGCCUCGGCAGCCGUAGCGGAUGCAUCUGCCAUCAUUUUUACUCCUGAGAACGGCGAUACUGUUGAUGCAAGCGUCGACACGAACGCUUGGACUGUGAAGCUGAGCAACAACCUUGUCAGGCGACUUAACUGGCAGCAUGUUCGCAGCUUAGGCGUCGUUGCUUUGACAGCACAGUUGCGAGGGCCCGAGCCCCCUGCAGAUGAAGCUGGAGAUGGUGACGACGUCGAAACAGCUGGCAAGAAGGUCAAGCUAAUCAAAGAUGAAGCUGCCUCGUCCGCUUCUACGCCGAAUAUUGAGAGCAGCACUGAGAAGCCACAUGCAUUGCCUCUUCUCGAUACCCUGCCUACUAGCAUGGCUGCUGGCACCCGCUCCGUGGCCCGACCACUCCAUGUUGGCGACCUUCGUCUUGCUGACCUUCGCAAGCUCAUGCAAGCAGCAGGGCACACAGCGGAAUUCCGCGGUGAAGGAACUCUCUUGAUUGAUAAAUCAGUUGCAGUGCGGAAAUCCGGCACCGGUAAAAUCGAGAUCGAGGCCUCCGCCCAGGCGGCGGCAAACCAGGGUGCCUUGGGUCGUGGCGUUGGCAGUUUCCUUGCCGUAAAACGGAAGAUUUACGAAGGUUUAGCUGUUGUAACAGGAAGCUAG